AUGUUCCCAGUGCGUCUACCGUCGAUAUGGAAGCGAUUCACGUCCACUAUCAUUUCCCGGACCCCUCCUCCUAAAGCACACCACCAUGCCGCCAUCCCAGACUCCGUCUUUCCAGCAGGUUAUGUCGUUACCGGCCUGCACUGCGGCAUCAAGAAGAACCCAGAGCAGCUCGACCUCGCCCUCAUCCAGUCAAUAUCACCCCAACCCGCCGCCGCUGCGGCGUGCUUCACACGCAAUGCGUUCAAGGCGGCGCCAGUAGUCGUGUCUGAGGCGGUGUUGCGCCGCGGCGACGGGCGCGUCCGCGCGAUCGUCAUUAACAGCGGCUGCGCGAAUGCAGUUACGGGCAAGCAGGGUACGGAGGACGCGUGGGCAAUGGUGCGCGCGACAGACGCGCUCGACGAGGAGCACGCCGGGGACGGCGCGACGGUGGUCAUGUCCACGGGCGUGAUAGGGCAGACGCUGCCCAUCGCCAAGGUCCUCGCGGGCAUCCAGUCGCAAGCGCUGUCCACGCCGACGCGCAACCUCGGCUCGACGUUCGAGGCCUGGGAGCGCGCCGCCCGCGCGUUCAUGACGACGGACACGUUCCCCAAGCUUCGUGCGCGCAAUUUUAUCGUCGGCGGGCGGGAGUACCACAUGGCGGGCAUGGACAAGGGCGCGGGCAUGAUCCAUCCCGACAUGGGCCCGCCGCGUGUGGCGUCGACACCAGCAGGGUCUCCGUCUCCGUCCUCGCCCUCGUCGUCGUCUCCCGCUGGGCAGCUCCACGCUACGCUCCUCGGCUGUAUCCUCACCGACGCCCCCGUCUCGCCGCGCAGCCUGCAGUCCGCGCUGACGUACGCGGUCGACCGGAGCUUCAACUCGAUCAGCGUCGACGGCGACAUGUCCACGAACGACACGAUCAUCGCCCUCGCAAAUGGCGCCGCGGCCGCGGACGCGCACGAGAUCGACGAGGAGCACAACAGGGGCGAGUACGAGGCCUUCCGGGACGAACUUACCGCGUUCGCGGCGGAGCUCGCGCAGCUGGUCGUGCGCGACGGUGAGGGCGCGACGAAGUUUGUUACGGUGUCUGUUGAGGGAGCUGCGACCUAUGCCGAUGCGCACAACGUCGCAUCCCGGAUCUCUACGUCAGCGCUAGUCAAGACCGCCCUAUACGGCGAGGAUGCAAACUGGGGUCGCAUUUUGGCAGCCACGGGCUCUGUCCCGCUCUCUGUCCCAUUAGACCCCGCCCGCGUCACUGUCUCGUUUGUUCCAGCCGAUGGCUCAGCACCUCUACCCCUACUCGUUAACGGUGAGCCAGAAAACGUGGACGAAGUUCGCGCAAAAGAGAUCGUCAGCGCAGAGGAUCUCCAGAUCAAGGUAGAGCUGGGCCUCGGGUUCGAAGCUGCAAAGUACUGGACGUGUGACCUCAGCUACGAAUAUGUCAGAAUCAAUGGCGACUACAGAAGCUAA